AUGAAUUUUUCGUGGUUUUUCGUAUUUUGCGGAGGUAUCCUCAUCGGCAUAGAUUACGCCUUAUUGGAGGCGAUGAUGGAGCAAACAUGUAACGGGACAUUGUGGUGGUUUGGAAUAAAUAAAACCGGAUGUGUGACGGGAAGUACAUCUGUGACAAGUUUCAGUUUGCUGACCGCGCGUUUAUCCACUACCCCCGUUCCAACUAACAUCGAAGUCACCACUAACCUACAAAUCCAAUCGAACAAAGAAACUAGUUCUGGGUUAGAAUUCUUGGAUGUUCCCGAGGGCGAUGAUAUGCGAAUUCAGGAACUGAAACUAGAAGAGAAAUACCCUUUAUUUGAAUUAUUUUCGACAUUGGUUAGUUACUUACAACCAUCCGAAUUUCCAUCAGAUUUACUUAGGCAAAUACUUCAGUUUGAAACACCAAUUCCUGAACUGGCAUAUCAGGUACUCUUUUCAUUAAAUUGGCAAAGCUUGCUCCACUGGUUACAAGAAAUACGUCCUGCAAAGUGCAUUUUGCGUUUUCAGAUUAUCAAGCUCGAUAAGGUUUCGUUUAGCUUUAUAUUAUUCUGGGGAAUGGUCUCUCUUUGUUUACCAUUCUCCGUUUUAAUAUACUUUUGCUUCGCAAUGGACACGGGGCGAUUUAACGACAGAUUAUUAAACAACGACAGGAAAAACACGAUAAAGAAGAGCUGUGGAUACCUGCUGCACAUUUUCCUCGUAUUGCUGCUGUGUCCGAUGAUCUUCAUAAUGGCUGCCAACGAGCAAAUAUCUCGGUCUUUAACCAAAUCUCCAGAGAUAGUGGGGAUCAUCUACGAGGAUUUAUACACCUUCAUAAGAAAUUCGCACAUGCAAAUCUCAUUUGUGGCGACAUCUUCAACGGAUAUUGCCAUCGAGGCGAUACGAAAAGAUUUAGAUGAGAUCGAUCGGUUGGUGGGCGUAACUUAUCAGCAAGAGAUGGCGUCGGAAACUGGAAUGGACGUAGAGCUUCCAAACCUAGAGCGCUUACAAAUCGAAACCGCUUCUGCUGCCUCAAUUGCUUUGGAUCUCUUGAGAGAUUGCGAGGCUGCCGGAAAAGCUGCAGAGGUACUGAAAACUCAGCUAAAAGAUAUCGCCUUCCGCCUCAUGGUUCUGAAGCAGCAGUGCUCCAUGAGAGAUAGCGCGCUGUGCCAGACGCUGCAGUUUACUGGGUACGAGGUGUCUUUACCGCUCGAUAAUAUAACCUACGACGACAAGGUGUUGCAACUACAACGCCUGUAUAACGAAGGAGAUUUCAACCAGAGCAUCGAAUAUACGCGAAGAAGUUUUUCCUCGAUUCCAGAAGACGUUGCCUUCCAUGCAGCUCAAUUCGUUGCAGAUAUGAAAUCGUUGUUGAGUAAGAAGCGAACACAGAUUUUCCAUUCGACGCACGAUCUUGACGUUUUGGUCCGGUCGAUAUCCCAAGAAAUCAAAUCAUACGAGGAGGCCGCGUUUUUGCUAGCUCAAAAGGCUCUCGAUUGGGAUACAUGGCGUUGGAUUGUUGGCUUAGGAGUAGCAGUAACAUUAAGCAUAAUAUGGGGAUUGUUUUUAUGCGGAGCACCUUGCGGAUGCGGUUUCGUAUCUAAAACCGUCACGGUAUUGAAGUGUGGAUUAACGCUGGCAAGUACCUCUUGCCUUCUGAUGUGGCUGUUGGGAAGCCUCUCGCUACUCAUCGGAAGUAACAGUCAGCUUUUGGUUUGCCUACCAUUUUACGAUCACCCCCGGUAUAAUUCUCUAAGUCAAUUGUAUGAUGCCGGCGGAGUCUUUUACCCAGAAUCCGGCCUUUUCGGACGCUUUAUCAAAGGCAGCGACGACUUGCAAGUUGCCAACGUUCUAAAAGCUUGCCAAAGGGAACACGCGGCGUAUGCGACGUUUGGCAUCGAGGAUCGAAUUAAUCUCGAAAAAAAUCUCAACUUCAAAGGAUGGAACGACAUGGAAACAUUGCUUUACAACUUCACAUCGUCCGAAAGCCAUUACGAAAUUCUGAGUCCGGCCCUGCAAGUGAAUCUCCAUAUCCUCUCCUCGAUAACGUCAACUAACUUCUCCGCUCAUCGAUUGGAAUUCAGCACCGGCGUAACGAAAAAGGACGUUGGUUCUUUCGCCGACCAGAUAAACACCGUAGCUAGGCAGUUGAGCGACCCAGUCGUGGCCAGAAAGUUCGAUAAUUUGGCCUUCGACCUCAGGAAAAUCGUUGACGACGAGCUUCGAACGGUGUCCCAGAUCCGCGGUCGCAUUCUGUACAAACUGACCAACCUGGAGGUCAUUCUGUCGCCCCUGAACAGACAUGUGAAGCAGUCACUGUCGCAUCUCAAAAGUAUCCAGUUCUUUAUCGACAGCCGCGGAUGGCAAACCGCUCAAAAGGUUAGAGGUCAAUUCGUCAAAAGGAUUGAAAACCAUUUGGAAAAGCUUUAUACGUACGUGAGCACUAAAAUCAACAAAGACGUAGGAAAAUGUCGUCCGCUUUGGGACAUUUUCCACGCUUCAAGAUUUUUCUUGUGCAAACUUAUUGUGGACCCAAUGAAUGGUAUAGCGGUUUGCAGCGUUUUUGUCAUUUUCAUUUUCGUCGGCAUCGCACCGAUCGUCAUCAAAUUGAUCAAGCUAUACAGGAAAGAACGAGAUGAAAGUAUCUCGACCCCAAUUUCGCGUGAUUCAUCCGAUGGUUUACUUAUCGAGGACGAGGCCAUAUGGACGACGCCUCCUCAACAAUCGCCCCUACAACCAGUACACGCUCUCGAAUGGUCUAUCCCAGCGUUACCUAGUAUGCACAUUCAGGAACCGAUAAUUCCAAGCCCUCCCAGGCCGCCCUCAACAGUGUCGAGGCGUAUAUCAGCGGUCAGAAUUCCGCAGAUUCCUUUUGUCUCCAGGAUGAAAUCUCCAAAACUAGCCGAUAUGGCCACCACCGUGGCAGGGAUCAGGAGGAACCUCCCAAAAGUAUCGAGGACGAGGGCUCCACGAAGAGGUGGACACGAGUCAUUAAAACUAAUUGAACCGAUUCACUGGAAAUCCGGAUCCACAACACCAGGAAGUUGGAUAUGAAUUACUGUUAGUGGAAAAAUCUAGUUUAAAAAAAAUCAAAAUAAACUGAAAAGAAUUUGAAGACUUUCUUUCUUCUGUUGGGAAUUAGUUUUAUUAUUAGCUAACGAAAAAAAUGAAGUCAAUGAAACUAAGUAACCAGAGUUAGAAUCAUUUGGUUUGUACCAAAAAGUAUAAGAUAGAGGGAAGGACGCAUAUACUGUUACGAAUGACAUCUAUUAUUUAUGUCCAAGUACUAAAGUACUGUCAUGGCGGUUUAGAGUAGUGCGUCACACUGAAAAUACUACAGUAGCUUGUAGCUUAUUAUAUUUUAAUCAAAAAAAAAAAUUAAAACUAUUUCGACAUAAUUUUUUUUUUUCACAUUUCGCCUUUGAAAGUUUGAAUUGAAUUGUUUUCAGGACUGGACACAAUCACUAGAGGCGUUAAAACUCGUGUAGGCCACUAAUGGGAGCUUUUCCCUCUAUCUUAUACUCUUUGGUUUGUACAUUAGGGGAGACCGCGGCUAG